AUGGACAGCGAGAUGGAUUACAACGGGGGACAUGGUCAUGGGAGGCCCAGCAUUGUCGAUAAUUUUGCGACGGGUACACUGGCCGGAUCAUCAGAAUCUUUUGAAGGACCUGCUCUCCCUCGCCAGCCAGACUCAGACCUCCGCGGAGAUAUUGUAGAGACGGAGCCGGCGCUGACAUACGACUCGAAUCACUGUAGCUCCCACGAAGACGAACCUGGAUCUUUCGACUCUUCAGCUUUCGCCGUUCUUCAAAGCGACCUCGCAAAAUAUCUGCAAAAUGAUACAUCUAGGAACACGGUCCAAACUACGCCACAGCAUGGCACUUCCAGUGCAUCCUUUAACCGUCUCCCUCGUGCUGUUGCUGCAUUUCGACGACCCGAGACACAGGAUCCUACAGACUUCUGGUAUUGCAGUUCGGACAGAUGGAACUCUUGGCUCGAUAUGGUCGCAUCUGGAGACAAGAGAGCGGCCAGCACUUCGACAGUUGCCCUUCGAGCGUUCCACAUCGCUGGAUUACUCAUGGAAACUGACGAAGGCAUGAAUGCUGAGACUCCUUGCGACGUCUGCGCGCGGCAGAGCAAAUACAYGCCUUGUCGGGUAUAUGCUAACAAGUCAAGCACAAGGUGUGCUUAUUGUAUCAAUAAGCAUCGGAGUCAUUGCUCCGCUGAGCCUUGGGUUGAUCAACGCGAUCGUGUCAUUGUGGUCUCUGAUAUGCCAUCAGAACAAAGCGCAUUAACGAGAAACCAAAGCGCUAUCAUUCCUCAACAGUCGAGGUCGGCUCCUCUGCCGGUGUCUGAACGACGUCCACAAACCGUCGACCCAUCAGAUUUCUGGUAUGUGAGUGAGGAUAAAUGGGAUCAGUGGGCAAGACAAGCCUCCGGAGCAUCUGGCAGCGACUUGAAGAACAGCGCUAAGACGAGUAUGCGAUUAGCCUCACGCGCUGGGCUGAUUAUGGAGUCGUGCGAUAGUCACCUUUACAACCCUCCGUGUACACUCUGUGCGCAGAAGCGGCAUUCCUGCAAGGUUCUAGCAGGCGAAAUUGGCCGAUCCUGCGCUUACUGCAGUUUUCGCCGCGUGCGUUGUUCCAAUAUCGCUCAGCCAUCUGUUACUAGGCCUGCCACAUCAUCCUCGCGGGUUCCUUCUGAAAGCGCAGAACUCAGGCCAUUCAAACUUGCCCAUCAGUCUAUCGGAGGGACUCCAACAGGAAAGGCAUUGACUAAAUUCCGCCGACCCCAGACAUCCAACAUGUCCGAUUUCUGGCAUUGCAGUGUAGAAAGAUGGGAUGAACUUCACCGCCACGCCACUUCCUCCCUUGCCGAGGGCAAACCAUCACCUUAUUUCGUGCUCCAGCUGAUUAAUAAAGCUGGAAGAAUCAUGGAGACCUCAGAAGGGAUGAACGCCGAGAAACCUUGUGAUUCCUGUACGCAGGCCGGGGCAGUCUGUAGACUUUCCAUCACAGGUCGGAGAUCCAAUGAGCGCUGUGCAUUCUGUAAAUUGAAGUACAAGAAAUGUAAUGUUCUCGGAGGCGACGCGUCUAACUCGCCCGGGCCUUCGAGCGUACAGCAGGCGCCACGCAUUGAGCCUUCGGAUACUUUGGUUCGGUCGGACGUGCCUCAUCUAGGAGCGAAGCGCAGGAGGGUGGAAUUUGGCAACGGCACUGACGCCCUGCCGGAUUCAACGGCUUCAAGUAGUAGCACUCCUGCAUGCCAGGAUCAGGACAACGCUGUCAGCAAUUUGGAAGCCAAAGUCUUGAUACUUCACCAGCAGGUUCAAUUGCUGAUAGCGAGAGAUGUCGCACGUGAAGCCGAACUUAGAAAGCAAACAAGGAGAGUCAAGCUUAUGGCGCAGAACUUCCAGCGAGUCGGAGCCGAUCUAUCUAAAGGGUGGAAACGCUUCUUGAGGGACGAGUUUCCAAUUGACGACGACGGCGACGAUGACUCUAGCUCUCUGCGAUGA